GCCGGCCCACAGGGUCUGGAACGCCGUGCAGAGCACGUUAAUGCUGAACUCCGCCCCAGACGACCUGUGGGGCGUCCCCAUGUACACCAUCUCUUACGUGCUUUCCUUCCGAACCGCCGAGAUGGCGAGCAAGGACUUGGGAAACGACACCUCCAGCCUUGAGGAGGCCCAGAGGUUCUUGCGAGCGCGCGCAGCCGCUACCUUGGACAUCCGGGUCACCGACCCCGACGACGUCAGGGAAGGGCGGCAGCUGACAGCGCCCGCGAUCACAGACGACGAACUCGAGCGAUGCCCAGGGCACGUCUUCCAGAGGCACGACCUCAACGACCUCAACGAGGCGCAAACCAGAGUCCUGCAGCAGUCCCUCAAGACUCUGACACUGCUCGUGCGCGGCCCCCGUGGCACAGGGAAGGCUAAGACAAUUGCCGUUGCCUUUGACCUCUGGCUGCCGUGCGCGCCCCCAGACUGGGCCGUCGGCGUCUUCUCCGGCUCCAACACAAGAGCUGACAUGCUGAAGGGCGUCCAGCGCGUGGGAAAAUCGAGCCCCGAUUCAGGAUUCCCUCUCCAGGCCGUUAGACUGGCGUACCCAGACGAAGUGACAAACCAGGGGGCCCGCGAUCUCACAGUGGAGCGCUUCAGGGCAACCUGCAGCUUUGACCUUUACAUCGAGGGCGGCAAGAAGGACAAUCUACCAAGGCCCUCGCCAUCAGCGGUGGCGAGAAUCAGCGGUGACGAGAAUCAGCUCAAGCCCGCAGUCAUCUCCGACCGGGCCGCAGCCGCGGGCGCGUCCCUCUCCGUGCUCAAAAGGUUCCGCGAUUCAUUGGGGGCCGACCUGGAGCGCGACGUGCUCCCCGACUGGUGCUACCGCGUGCACCCAGGCAUCUUGCAGCGGCUGUCCUAUAGUUCUCGCGAAGGCAAGCUCGUGUCGGGGUUCGCGAACUGCUCCGCCCGGAAGCCCGCGUGGGCCCCCAUG